AUGAGCAUGAUCUUUAUGAGCGGGAACGAAAGCAUGAAAUUUUUUAUCGAAAAUUGUCACGAAAAAUCCCAAGUAUCAAGCUUAGUUGAAGCAAACGGUGGCAUUAUGCUUGACGAAUACCAAGAAGGGGCUAUUGAGCUUGUCCCAUAUGAGCAAAACUUUAAGCUGAAAUUAAAAUCUCCUAAAGAUCAUCCAAUUUAUUCUUACAAAUUUGUUAUUGAUUCAGACGCAUUAGGAGAAAUUCAGAACUUAAAAGACUAUUUAAUUCAAUCAGUAAGUAAAAACACUCAACCAACUGCUAAUAAAUCACAAGGAAGGAAAGCAUAUACUUCAUUAGAAGACAAUAUGAUGAUUUUAUAUGUAAAAAACAACCCCGGCUGUGACAAAGCCAGAAGCUAUUGGGAGCAAGCCUUAAAAAAUGGGCUGCAAGUCGACCACAGUGCUGAAAGCUUAAAAUUUCACUGAAAAUCAAUAUCAACAAAGCCAGUUAAGCCAAUACCCAAAAUAAACACAAUGGUUUUACAAAAUAACGUAAAAGGGAAAAGUUAUGUUUCUAAAGAAAAUAACCCCACAAAAGCUAAUUUAUCUGCCUCUAAAAUUGAUAACGAAAAAAUGCAAGAAAAUAGCCCAGAUAAGCCUCAAGAAGGAUGCUUCAAAAGAAAGCUUGAUGAUAUCUUUUUCCAAAUAAACUCAAAAAGGAUAAAAUCGUCUCCUGCCCAAGAUUCAAGCAAUGGGAGUGUAAUUCUAUUAGAGCAAACUGAUGAAAAUUCGAGAUCUGAUAUGGCUAUUGAAGAAAAUAGAUCUGAAAGCAGUGGGGAUCUGAGACAGGAGUGCAUGGAGAGGGAUAUUCCUGCUUAUUUUAUUAGAUUAGUUGCGCAGUGCAGAAAAGUAGCUGGAAAGUAUGUAAGGGAAAAGGAUGUACUUAAGGUGCUUUUGGAAAAGGAAGGAAAAGUGGCUCCAACAAUAAAUGCAUUUACAGAAAAUCUAUGCUAG